ACACAAUUUCAUACAUGCAAAUAUCCUAUCACAUAGGUACCAAGUUUUGCGAAAACCCAAAAAGAAUGGCCUCCAUCUCACCCUCAAUCCAUACCAAUCUCGAGACACCAUCACCAGCUCCAUCAUCAGGAACAUCACCAUUCAAAUUCCAAACUGGUGGAAGGGGUAGACAGUCCCUUCCCAUUUCUAUAUCUUCAUCCAAAAGAGAAGGAAUCUCCCUUACGGCUUACAAACACAAGCAACACUACAUACAAAAUUUAAAGGUGUCUGCAAUCUCUGAGCCGUCAUCGGCAACAAGCUCAAGCUAUGUCGAACCAGACUAUCUAGUGAAAAAGGUUACUGGCAAGGAGUUAAAUGAUCUCCUGAAUUCUGAUAGAGCAACUCCUCUAGUGGUGGAUUUCUAUGCAACAUGGUGCGGUCCCUGUGCUUUGCUUGCACAACAGUUGGAACUGCUUGCAGUGGAAUAUGGUGAUUCAGUGACAAUUGUCAAGAUAGACACUGAUGAAGAAUAUGAACUUGCAAGUCAAUUGCAGAUUCGUGGUCUUCCCACUGUGAUCUUUAUCAGCCCAGAUCAUAAGAAAAAUGCAGUUCGAAUUGAGGGCCUGCUUCCUAAUGAAACAAUGAAAAGCAUAAUUGACACUGAACUGUGAGCAUAGCAAUGCUCAAGUCCAAUACAAUAUUUAGAUACAAUGUACAUUGUGAGCAUAAUAUACUUUCUUUUUCAUCUGUAUUAUUUCUGAUGUGUUUACAGAAAGUGGAGAUAAGUCUACUACUUAGGUCCCAUCUCCAUGAAUGCAUUUAAACAUAUGGAUUCCUUUGAGUAGUGUAUUUAGAUUUUGUUUUAUACAAUUUUAUGCAAAAAAUAAAAUAGCAAUCAGAUAUGAGCUCAUUUUU